ACGACACCGACGGAAGUACAGGAAGAGGUGGUUAGAUGUCGUGGAUUAGAGCAGGCUUGUCACCUGCGGCGAUCGCCAGAAGGCCGUCGAGACUAGUCUCUUUGCUCGACUGCCCCCGCAAUGCCUUCCGGCAGCCAAUCAGGCACAUUUCGUCUUCCACCCCUCCACCUUCGCCGGUGCGAGGACGAGGGCGGGUAGCCGCGCUUGCACUGCUUGCGCUGGGAGGAGGGGGUGUGAUACUGUACGAGGUGGAUACGCACCUGAAUGCAUCGGUGCUCCAACGAAACAUUCGCACUGCCAUUGUCGGCGCUCAAAUCGCACUGGACUACAAAUUCUACUUUGAUCCAUCGGAUAGCGCCGCACUCGAUGCGCUCCACCAGAGAGCAGCGGAUCGGCUGCUCAAGGUGUGCGAGGCCAACGGUGGCCUGUAUGUCAAGCUCGGCCAGGCCAUCGGUGUUCAGGCAGCGGUAUUACCGAAGCCCUAUCACGCACUCGCCAAAAUGUUCGACGACGCAGAGCAUCUCGACUACGCCACAGUGCGCAAAGUAGUGGAGAGCGAGCUCGGUAAGAGUAUUGACGACGUCUUUGAAAGCUUCGACGAGGAGCCCGUCGCCGCAGCGUCCGUUGCGCAGGUUCACAAGGCUCGCUUAAAAGGCAAUGGGCAGGAGGUGGCCGUCAAGAUUCAGCGUCCAUCAAUUCGAGCGCAGGCCAAGUGGGACCUCUUGUCCUUUCGCCUACUCCUUCGAUUCUACUCGCAUAUAUUCGACCUUCCGCUGUCCUACUUUGGAAAGUACAUCUCUGAGCAGAUCCACAAGGAGACCGACUUCGUCGCCGAGCUGCGCAAUGCGACUAGAGCAAGAAAUUACGUUCAGGAUGACCCACAGAAGCUGAUUCGAGACACCGUCUACGUCCCGUUUUGCGUCGACGACCUCUGUACUGGCCGAUUGCUAGUCAUGGAAUACAUUCACGGCGCGACGAGAAUGACAGACGAGAAGGGAAUCAAGGCCAUGGGUCUCAGUGUUCGCGAAGUCGCGAGGAGCGUAUGCGAGGUAUUUGCAAGCCAGAUCUUCCAACACGGCUUCGUCCAAUGCGACGGCCAUGCUGGCAACGUCCUUGUCCGUCGACACCCCAACGGCAAGCGAGGUCAGCAUCAGGUCUGCCUCAUCGACCACGGCCUCUAUGUCAACCUCUCCGAGAGCUUCCGGAGGCAGUACGCUGAGCUGUGGCGCGCCAUCUUCCAGCUGGACGUAUCGACGCUGGAGCGCAUCACGCAAGCCUGGGGCAUGGGUCAGGGCAGCUCAGAGCUAUUUGCCUCGGCAACGCUCAUGCGUCCUUGGAGAAAGCCAAAGUCAAAAGAGGAAGAGCAGAAGGAGCGGGAGGAGCGAGAAAGGAAUGGCGGUCGCGUCGACUACAAUAAGCAAAAAGAGCUCAUCAAGGGUUUCCUCGUCCACGUCGAGCUCGUGCCCAAAGAGCUCAUUUUUGUCAGCCGAAGCAUGCGCAUCGUUCAAGCCAACAAUCAAAUCUUACAUUCGCCCGUCAACCGCCUGAACAUCCUUGCACGCCACGCCUCCUCGGCCCUUGUAUCGACGAGCCCUACGCCUAGUCUUAUCCGCGUCUUCUUCCCGCGCCAAUCGCAGCCAAGCAACUCGUUAUCGGGACGCUUGGUCACCUGGCUUCGCUCUCGGAUGGCCUUCCUCACAUUCCGCACCACGCUCUUCGUCCUAGACUUGGCCUUUGUGGGCAGUGCUGUGGUGAGAUCGCUGCACAAGGCCAGCGUCAUCUUUGUGUCUAGCCUCAAGUACGGCCCGUUCAGCAAGGAAGUCAAGCGCGCCGCUAGUAAAACGGCUGGCGGCUUCGAGGACGACUUGGAAGCUGGCAUGCGGCAACUAGCCAAGGAAGAGUUUGGUGUCGAACUCGAUGAAACAGCUUUUGCAGGCUGAAGAGCAACGGCACAAAACCUUCAUGAUUUCAUGAUACCAUGACCAUCGAUCAUUCCGAUUGAGAGAUGAGCACAUCUAUCUUCAUUGCCAACAAUCUCUGUAAAGCUACACCAAUUAUAGAAUACAUCAUCGAUUCUCC